AUGCUAGGAAUGGUAGAAACUGCUAAUUUAAGUUCGGUCAAUACUACAACCUCCGACCAAUAUCCGGUACCGACUACAGGAAUCACGGGGCUUAAUACUACAACUCCCGGAACACCAAAUGCUACAGAGCAAAUAGGGUCCACUAGUGGGAACACAACCAUCGUGGAAGGAGUUGAUGAUUUCGUUGGACUUACGAAUCAAAGCUCUUUAAUCAGCGCUUCUGGCGAGACCAAUAUUCCAGGACUGGCAGAAUCUGCUGAUCUAAGUUCGGCAAAUACUUACUACGAAAAUGCCGUAUCGACUACAGGAAUCAGUGGACUUAAUACUAGUACAAUCCUAGGAAGUCCAAACGCUACACAGCAAAUAGGACUCACUAGUGGGACCACUUCAUUGGUGGACGGAUCUAACGAUUUCGUUGGACUUACGAAUCAAAGUUCAGUAAUCAAUGCAUCUAACGAGACCAAUAUGCUGGGACUGACAGAAGCUGCUGAUCUAAGUUCGGCACCCACUACAGGACUCACGGGGCUUAAUACUACAACUCCCGGAAGACCAAAUGCUACACAACAAAUAGGGUCCGCUAGUGGGAACACUACAUUGGUGGAAGGAUCUAACGAUUUCGUUGGACUUACGAAUCAAAGUUCAGAAAUCAACGAUUCUAACGAGACCAAUAUUCUGGGACUGGCAGAAACUGCUGAUCUAAGUUCGGCACCCACUACAGGACUCACUGCACUCAAUACUACAACUCCCGAGAGACCAAGCGCUAUCCAGCAAACAGGACUCAUAAAUCAAAAUUCAGUAUUUAACGCUUCUAACGAGACUAAUUUUCUGGGACUGGUAGAAACUCCUGAUCUAAGUUCGGUCAAUACUACAACCUCCGAACAGUAUCCUGCACCGACUACAGGAAUCACUGUACUCAAUACUAGUACAACCCUAGGAAGUCCAAACGCUACACAGCAAAUAGGACUCACUAGUGGAACCACUAUAUUGGGGGAAGAAUCUAACGAUUUCGUUGGGCUUACGAAUGAAAGUUCAGUAUUCAACGCUUCUGCUAAUCUAAAUUCGGUCAAUAUUACAACUUCCGGCCAAUAUCAUGCACUGACUACAGGAAUCACUGGACUUAAUACUUCAACUCCCGGAAGACCGAACGCUACACAGCAAACAGGGAACUUAACAGUGGUGGAAGGAUCUAACGAUUUCGUUGGACUUACGAAUCACAGCACGAUUCAGUGGGACUAA